AUGUCAGAAACGUACGAUAGCGCGACCAAUCAGCAGGGGAACGAAGAAGCAGCCGAAAUUCAACCCGAUUCAGUCCCAACAAAGGAAAGACACAGAUACCGGAGACAGGCUAAAUGGUUGCGAUUCCGCGCCCAUCAGUUCCAUUUACACAGUACAGAACGAAGCGUUAUUGGAGAAAACGAACCAAAUGAAGGUCUUCAACAAUAG